CCAGGUAGUAAACGGAAAGUACCAAAAUAAAAAAAGUUAUAUUAAUAUUUGUAGCAAAUGAUUUAAAUGGCAAAUCCAGGAACCAUAGAACUACCGCCCGACUUUGAAGAUCACAUUUUAGCUCACGAAGGAAUAGCAUUGAUGUUAAAUAAUGGCUUCAAAGAGUCUCAAGCAUUAUUUGCAAAAUUCAAAGACAGCAGUCCAUUGAUGAGUGCUGGCUCCAGCUUUGUCUGUUUUAUGCAAGGUUUAAUGAGUUUUGAAGAUGACAAGUUAGAAGAAGCAGUCACUGCUUUAAAAUCGACACAAAAGUUAUGCAAUAACGCAGAGGACGAUAUACUUGAUGUUUUAAAAAACAAAUUCAGAAAAAAGGCACCAAAGAAAAAACCUUUAUCAAUCGAAUCUGUGUUACAAAGAAGAAUCAUUGUUGGUGAUUGUUACUUGUACAUUGCUCUUAUAUACUUCAUAAAACAGGAUCUCACAGGUUAUAUAAAAGGUGGCUGGAUGCUUAGGAAAGCGUGGAAGGUUUAUGAAAGAUGCCACAAACAAAUCGUGGAAUUGUUGAAACAACAUGAAGUGGAACUUUCUACCACAGCAGAUGUUGGUUUUGUGAAUGGCAAUGGAGAAGCAGGAGAUUCCAUUCCACCAGAACUCCCACAUUCCGAGUCAACAUCAAGUCUAUCAUCAAAUGAAGAUGAUAUCAUGAAAGAAGAAUUGGAGUUACCGGCUGCGUCCUCUUUCCCAAGCAAUGGUACGGACCAGAAAUCAACUCUUCUUCGUCUUUAUGGAGCUGUGUGUUUUGGUUACGGAGCAAUUAAUUUAUGCGUGUCGCUUAUUCCUCAAAACCUGCUACGUAUCGUUAACAUGAUGGGGUUCUCAGGAGAUGGGGUCGCUGGCAUGCGAGCAUUACAAGUUGCGUGUGACAGUGAAGACAUGAAGGCUCCUCUUGCAAUGUUGUGUUUGUUAUGGUACCAUACUGUUGUUCGUCCUUUCUUUUCUGUGGAUGGUGAUGUCGCAGAUGCUGGUCUUCCAGAGGCUGAGCGACUCUUAGAGAUAAACCAGGAGAAGUAUCCAACUUCUUCCCUGGUCCUCUUCUUCCAAGGAAGAGUCCGAAGAUGCAAGAGAGAUGUCAAUGGUGCUUUAGAAUCUCUUCAAGCUUCUUAUGACCAGGCUCAAGAGCAGAGAGAGCUACAACUCCUGUGUUCAUAUGAAAUAGGCUGGUGUUGCAUUAUGCAGUUAAACUGGGAGCGAGCUUUGGAAAAUAUUGUCAGGUUGAAGCUGGAAUCAAAAUGGUCUGUAUGCUACUAUGCAUAUCUAACAGCAUUGCUUGAAGGAGUGCGUGGUGACCUCAAGAAAUGUCAAGAAAUGAUGAUUGAAGUUCCGAAGUUGAUGAAAAGAAAAAAUAACCAGCUUGAAAUGUUCGUUGUUAGAAAAGCAAAAGUUUUCCAGAAGAUUCCACCAACAGAUGAACAUUUGAAACUCCUUAUUUUUGAAAUUGUUUAUUUGUGGAAAGCUUUCCCGAAUUGCGAGGAGGAGAAUCUAAAACAAAUGCUUAAAGAAUGUGAAAAUGUUGCCAAUCCAUGUUUGAAAGGUUUAAAACAUCUCAUUCUUGCUGCUUUGCACAAAUGUUUGGGCAACACUACAAAAGCUGUGGAGUAUUUUCAAUCUGCGGCACAGUUAUCUGAAUCAGAUUUAGAAGACGGUCAUAUUUCUCCGUUUGCAUUUUAUGAGCUUUCCAUUAUAAUGUUGGAAUCUAAACAUUCAGAACAAAAGGGAGUUCAGUUGUUGAAAGAAUGCAAGGAAAAUUUCUCAGGUUACGAUUUUGAAAAUCGUUUGCAAAUGCGAAUUCACUCAACUGAACUCAGACUUAAAGAAAAAAAUAGGACUUAAUUUUUAAAUCUAAUGUGUUAUAUUGCAAAGCGUACUACUAGCUAUUUAAUUCUACAUUAAGUCAACAUAUUAUCUUUCCACUGAACAUUAGUUAGCGUACUGUUGUUUAGUUGUGUAAAAAUUGUUUUCAAAUUGUUUUCACUAAAUAACUAGUUUAAGCACAAAUUAGUACAUUUUUUUAUUUUUUAGUGUUUUAGCAACCUUCCGAAUAUUUCUUGUUUUAUUCCAAGUGUAGUAGUAUUUACUAGGAAGCAUAUUAUGUGUUCCCACUGUUAUUGUAUAUUUACUGUACAUGGCAUAGCAGCAAAUAGUUUUCCGAAUUAUAGCAAUUAUAAUGUUGUGGUGUCCAAAUUAAGCAAAUUAGUGUAUUGAUAUGUUAAAAAUAACCUGUGCAAAUAAAGUUGUGUUGAUAGGGUGUAGAAGUAUAUAGCAUCAUUUAUUUAUUAUUAAUGGAUCGUUCACAAUAUAACUUGACCUAUAUCUGAAUUUGCACAUUCCGAUUUAACAUUGUUUGAUUUUGUGUCCUGUGUUUGUGGUGUUUACUUGCAAAUGAGUCUAGAAUUUGAAUAAAACUGAAAAAAACUGGG